GACCCCAGCCCCGGUCCGUCCGCGAACGCGCUCCGCUGGCUGAGUCCGCGGGGCGAGGUCCUGGCGCUACGCUGAGAUCCGCGCGGCCCCUCCGACCGGGGUGCGGCGCCGAAAUGCGCCCGCUGCUCGGCCUCCUUCUGGUCUUCGCCGGCUGCACGUUCGCCCUGUACUUGCUGUCGACGCGACUGCCCCGCGGGCGGAGACUGGGCUCCACCGAGGACACUGGAGGGAGGUCGCUGUGGUUCCCCUCAGACCUGGCAGAGCUGCGGGAGCUCUCCGAGGUCCUGCGGGAGUACCGAAAAGAGCACCAGGCCUACGUAUUCCUGCUCUUCUGUAGCGCCUACCUCUACAAACAGGGCUUUGCCAUCCCUGGCUCCAGCUUCCUGAAUGUUUUAGCUGGUGCUUUGUUUGGGCCAUGGCUGGGGCUUCUGCUGUGCUGUGUGUUGACCUCAGUGGGUGCCACGUGCUGCUACCUGCUCUCCAGCAUUUUUGGCAAACAGCUGGUGGUCUCCUACUUCCCUGAUAAAGUGGCCUUGCUGCAGAGAAAGGUGGAGGAGAACAGAAACAGCUUGUUUUUUUUCUUGCUGUUUUUGAGACUUUUUCCCAUGACACCAAACUGGUUCUUGAACCUCUCGGCCCCGAUUCUGAACAUCCCCAUUGUGCAGUUCUUCUUCUCAGUUCUUAUUGGUUUGAUACCGUACAAUUUCAUCUGUGUACAGACAGGCUCCAUCCUGUCAACCCUAACCUCCCUGGAUGCCCUUUUCUCCUGGGAAACUGUCUUAAAGCUGUUGGCCAUCGCCCUGGUGGCAUUAGUUCCUGGAACCCUCAUUAAAAAAUUUAGCCAGAAACACUUGCAAUUGAACGAAACAAGCAAUGCUAAUCAUAUAAACAGAAAAGACACGUGAUCCAAGUUUUCUAUUUGCCACGUCCCCAGGACUCUUGCUUAUUUGUGUAAUGGGUGUGGUCCUCUGAAAUCCCUCAUUGUUUUAAAAUUACCCUCAACAGGUGAUUUGGACACUUUGUUCAUCUGCGUGCAGUGUCUUGUCAUAAAGGACACUCUGUGCUCCUGAAGGUGAAUUGUUUAGGGUUUUAAAACCAGUCCUGGUUUAGCAGGACACUCUGCGAAAUGGAUGCCUCCUAGAAAGCUCUGUUUAUAUUUUAUUGUCUGACAGGGAGUUCAGGACACCUGUCGUAUUUGUCUUGGGAGAAGAUGAUUGUCCUUGUCCAGAGUGCCUCUUUUGCAAAGUGACAGGCUGUUGUGAUGGAUCGCCUCUUGUUAAGUCCCUGUGGAUGUGAUUAGUAUCUAUGAUGACAUGUGAACUCACAUCACUGACAUUGCUCUUCAUCUUCUAUUAGUCUCUUGAAGAGCAUUUCUUUUGUACUGUUUUGCUGAUGACCUACCUCUUCCAUAAGUCAAGGGAAACAAGCCAGUGAACUGCCUAGGACUUCCACAUAUAGCUCAAAUAGACAAUAAUUUGUGAUGCUUUUUUGUUCAGACACAGUGAUGUUACCAUGUAUGUCAAAUUUCACAGUUGCAUGUUCCAUGUCCUGACAGUGAAGCUGAUUACAAAUAGACUAUUAAAUAUGAAUGGAGCAAACUCUAUGUUUAUGGAUAUGUUCUGGAAAAAUUCUUAUCCAUCUGGACUGGGUGGGUGGGGGAAGGGCUCUUGACUCACCUGAAUCAAAUGAUCAUCCAUACAGUUUCUUAUCUUCCCUUUCUGUGUGAGAAUCCCUUCUAUGUUCUCCUGCUGAGAGUGGAUUCAGUACACUAGGCUAUCAGCCAGUAUACCCUCUGAAUGGUUUUCAUUUUUUAUUUGCCAAGAAUAACUGAGGAAUAAUUGUAUUUUAUCUUUUAAUUCAAGGAGGAAA